UACAUAAAGCUGAGCAUCUUGUAGUGUGUGUGUGUACAUUAUUUAUUUUGAGCAUGUAUCUUGGUUUACAAAAAUGCGAAGUGUUACUGCAUGUCUUUUCAUGUUGUUCCCCCAGAUACAAUAUCGUCAUCUUUGGCUGCAUAGAUGGCUUUUCCCGUAAGAUAAUGUACCUGAGAGCUGCAGACAAUAAUCGGUCUGAAACAAACCUAGCCUUCUUCCAAGAGGCAGUUCAGGAAUUCGGCUAUCCACUCAGAGUUCGAGCAGAUCAAGGGGGAGAGAAUGUUGGAGUGGCUCGCUUGAUGUUUACUGUGCGUGGACCAGACAGUGGCAGCUUCAUUGCUGGGAAGAGUGUCCAUAAUCAAAGAAUUGAGAGACUUUGGCGCGACGUCUGGAUGGGGGUGACCAAUGUGUUCUAUCAUGUUUUACACGGGCUAGAGGAAGAUGGCCUUCUUGACUUAGGAAAUGCAACACAUUUCUUCUGCCUGCAUUAUGUUUUCCUGCCACGACUCCAAGAAAGCCUCAACUUGUUCCGUGAUGGCUGGGACAAUCACCCCCUCAGAACCGAACAAAACCUAACGCCAAAUCAGUUAUUUGAAAUUGGUCAGAUGCAUCAUCCCAUUCCUAAUCCACAGGAAAUCAACAUUCCAGAAAUUGACUGGGAAGAGAGUGGCGAAAUCCCAGAACCACAUCUGCAUGUCAAUGUUCCAUUGGUGGAUUGCCCACUUACUGCAGAGCAAAUGGAGGCAUUAAUACACCACAUUGACCCACUUCAACCUUCAGACUGCAACGGUGUUGACUUAUAUACAGACACAGUGGAGUAUGUGGAAAGUCUAAGAGCUUGAGUUUAAUUUUUGUGUUUUCUCAAAACAUUGUA